ACACACACACAGAGACAGAGAGUGAACAGCAGGACUGUCAGAGGGGCACACAGUGUCUCUCUCUCUCUCUUUGGCUGGCGAUUUCAAUCGCAACACUUUUGUCAUUUGAACCUGUCUUGGGAUCCGGGGAAAGAUCUCUCCGGAUCCCUGCCUGCCGGCAACGGGAUCCACCUCCUUGAGGAUCAGGUGGUUCUCUCAGCCCCUCGGGGAUUUUCCAGUGGAUCAUUUCACCUUGUGAUCUGGUGGAGGUGUUAUCGGUGUCAGGAGGAGAGAGAGAGGAGAAACUGUGCCCGAUUAUUGUGUCAGGAACCAACCGAUUAAUGUCCCUGGAUUUAAAGUUACGUCUUGUGGAAGGAGGAAUUGGCUGUGACCAUUCAGAAUGACAUUAUUGCUAGUCCUGUUGGUGUUCGCAGUGAGCAGCUUUGCUCAGGAUCUCCCGUCCUUACCUCAUGGAUGUACAGAGGGAAGCUGUUACCCAGCAACCGGUAACCUCCUGAUUGGACGAGCUCACAACCUAACUGCCUCAUCUACCUGUGGGAUGGAACAGCCAAGUGACUACUGUAUUGUCAGCCACCUCCAGGAAGUGGAGAAAUGUUUCCAGUGUGAUUCCGCAAUGCCAUACGAUUCUUUGAGAAACAGGAAUAGUCACCAGAUAAGGAAUGUGAUCUAUCUGACUGAUCAGAUGGAGGAGAAGACCUGGUGGCAAUCCGAAAAUGGGGAAGAGAAAGUUAGCAUCCAGCUGGACCUAGAAGCUGAAUUCCAUUUCACACACCUCAUCAUGAAAUUCAAGACAUUUCGCCCGGCUGCCAUGUAUAUUGAGAGAUCUUCAGACUUUGGCCGGACGUGGAAGGUGUAUCGUUACUUUGCUUUUAACUGCACAGUUUCCUUCCCUCAUAUCCCCACCGGCCCCCUGAGGAGGAUCGAUGAUGUUAUUUGUGACCAUCGUUACUCAGAUAUCGAACCAUCUACAAAUGGCGAGGGGGCAAUCAAAAACCAGGUGAAUGGCAACUGCAUUAAUUUCACCCUCCGGCAUGGGCUGGAAGUCCAAGAGAUUGUCAGGCGGAGGAGGCAACACCGCCAGGCAUCCUAUGCCCGGGCAUUGAGACAUCGCCAUCGAAAAAUCCGCCAACGAAAGGCGUACGUGGAAAUUGUUAAUCGGAAGCGGCCGCCGCACCAGAUGAUCACUUGGAGUGGUCAGGGAUUUGCUCGGGUCCAGGAUGGAGCAGGGUUGUUAUUUCACGUCAGUAACAUCCCGUAUGCUAUGGAUUAUAAUGUGAUGGUGCGCUAUGAGCCUGAGUCUGCAGAAGACUGGGAGGCAAUAAUUAGUAUUCACACUGUGGGUUUACCCAUCAGUCAUCGCUGUGGCAAUCUCCUCCCUCAUGGCCAACCUUACAGAGUGGCACUGCAUCACACAGAAAGGUAUGUCAUGGUUUCUACUCCCUUCUGCUUUGAGCCUGACAUCCGUUAUGAGAUCAGUGUCAGGUACCAGCGGCUCCAGGCUCCCCAGUGGAACACAAACAGUUACCUCUUGGUGGAUUCUUUGGUUCUAUUGCCCAAGUAUUCUGAGCUGCCAGGGUUUGCUGGCACAGAUCCGGUUGCAGUACAUCACCGGGAAGAGAUGGUUCGGUACAUGUGCCUGGACUCCUUUAUGAUGGCCAGCAUGCCAAUGUUGGCCGAGAUGUGUGUCAGGCUGAUAUGCAGCAUCUCCGCUAUCAUGCACGACGGUGCUCUGUCUUGUCAGUGUGAUCCACAGGGAUCCAUCAGCGCUGUCUGUGAGAAGAUUGGAGGACAGUGUGAGUGCAGGAACAAUGUGAUAGGUCGACAAUGUGACCAAUGUGCUCCUGGCUACUAUGGUUUUGGACCCUAUGGCUGCUCUCCGUGUGACUGCAAUCCUGAAGGAUCAGUCCACAGCAUGUGUGACCAGACGACUGGUCAAUGUGAUUGUCGGGCAGGGGCAAGGGGUCGUCAGUGUGACCAGUGUUACCCACAGCUCUGGGGCUUUCCAACCUGCCAACCCUGCCACUGCAAUGGACACUCAGAGGACUGCGAUUCCCAAACCGGAGAGUGCCUGAACUGUCGGGACAACACAUCUGGACGGCAUUGCCAAAGAUGUUCUGAAGGUUACUACGGAAACCCAGUUCUGGGCUCUGGAGAGCAGUGCAGACCCUGCCCGUGUCCCCAUUAUCCAGGGAGUGACCAUUACCAUGGAGUAUCCUGUCACGCAGACCUUGACUCUGAUCAGAUUGUGUGUUACUGUAAAACAGGGUACACAGGGUCUCGCUGUGAUGUCUGUGCACCCGGUUACUAUGGUAACCCUGAGGUACCAGGAGGGAAAUGCUGGCCUUGUCAGUGCAACAAUAACAUUGACCUGACUGAUCCCGGAUCCUGCCACCCAGACACAGGACAGUGCUUAAAGUGCCUCUAUAACACUGAUGGCCCUCACUGCGAGGCCUGUAAGGCCGGUUACUAUGGCAAUGCCCUCAGGCAGGACUGCAGGAGCUGUACCUGCAACUUUCAGGGCACACUGGAGUCGGAGUGUAAUUCCAGGGAGUACUGUCACUGUGAUCAGAUUACAGGACAGUGCCCUUGCAGAGAGAAUGUCAUCGGAUUGAACUGUGACCAGUGCAGACAAAACUACUGGAACUUUGGCAGUUUGCGAGGGUGUGAGCCGUGUCAGUGUCAUCCCGAAUAUUCACAUACUGCACACUGCAACAUGUUCACAGGCCAGUGCGAGUGCCGCCCAGGAAGGGGAGGUCAGACCUGUUCGCAGUGCAGGGAAGGUUACUGGGGCAAUCCGGGUCUGGAAUGUCAGGCGUGUGACUGUGAUCUGGAUGGUUCAGAGACACAGCAAUGUGAUCGGUCUACAGGCCGCUGUCUCUGUAGGGAGGGUUACACAGGCCCUCGGUGUGACCAGUGUAGCCGCAGUUACCAUGGACGUUCUCCGAGCUGUACUCGAUGCCACUCCUGCUUCGAUUUGUGGGACGAGGAGGUGAAGCAGCUAGGGGAGAGGCUGCGUGCUCUCAAGGAGGCAGUGCACCGCAUCACUGUGUCUGGGGCAACUGGAGCAGAGAACAACAGGCUCCAGGAGCUGGAGAAAAUGCUACGGGAUGUAGAGGCACUGGUCCGAGAGGAACCUGUCACCAGUCCCAGAGUUUUGGAACAGCUCAACGAUCUGGCCAACAGUCUCAGGGACGAGAUGAAGCAACUGUCACGGAGAAUGGAUACGCUGACCAAAGAUACAGCCAGGAUACAGACAGAAAACAGCGAAGCAGAAAGGGACAUAAAGCAGCUGGAGGAGGAACCGAGGAUUCUGAACGUGUCACGCAUCGAGAAAACAAAGGAGCUGCAGAAAUUUAUCACAUCAAACUUCAAAGAGCUCUAUGAUUCAAUGCUCAAGUAUUACCAGGAAUCCUGUGAAGCUGAGAGAGUGGUGAAUGGAUCAGUAUAUGGUCCGUAUAGCCCAGUCGCACAGUCAGAGGACACAAGGCGUGAAGCAGAGAGACUCCUUCAGGAACAGGAAAACACCUUUCGAAAGUCAAUGGCUGCUCAGAGGAAGCAGCUGAAGGAUUUGGAGAAUAAAGUCAAGGAGCAAACGGUGGAAAACAUCAAUGAGAAGGUCUGUGGUUCGUCCAGGGGCCAGAGCUGUGAUACAGACCCGUGCGGAGGUGCCAACUGCCUGGAUGAUGCGGGGAAUCGUCAGUGUGGAGGGGAGAACUGCCCUGGGGCUCUCAGUAAAUCUACAGAGGCUCUGCAGAGAGCAACUAACUCAAGCAUCAUGCUGCAGGACAUUCAGAACGAACUUGACUCGGUCGCUCAAAAGAUUGAGGAGAUACACAGCCAAGCAGACAAGGCGAAAUCCAAAGCUGCUGAAACACUGCAGAAAGCCGCCAACACAAAAAACCUCAUCACAGACACGGUGGACGAUCUACGCAAAUUCAUUAAGGCAGUGAAAGACUUUCUCAAUGAGGAAGGCGCAGACCCAGAAAGCAUUGAGCUGCUGGCCAACAUGGUCCUGAACAUCUCGUUCCCUGUCAGCUUAAUGGACAUUCGCAAGAUCCUGCAGGACAUUAAAGACACCAUGGCACACAUCAAGGACGUGGACACAAUCCUCAAUGACACAUCGCGGAAUCUGCAGGUCGCUCAGCAACUGGCGCGACAGGCUGAGAAAGUGAAGAUUCGAACCACAGAGUUGAAAGGUGACGUAACUGAGGCAAAGCUCACUGUUGAAGAUGCAAAAUCCAAGGUGGCUUUAGCUGAGAAAUCACUGGGAAAGGCCAAGAAUAACACUUCUGACGCUGAGGAUUCUAUCAGGAAGCUGGACAAUUUUCUGAACGUCAUCGAGAGUCAAUUGAUGGAAAUGAUGGAUCGAUUUGUGAACCUGUCCACUGGAGUCCAAAUGUUGGAAAAUCAAACCAUUGCCAACAGGAACAAAGCACAAGACUUACAGAGUGAAGUUGCUGCCAUUCGAAAGAGGACAGACCGACUGCACAACAAUGACCUGAAGGAGGUGGAGAAGCUUUAUGAGAAGCUGAGAGACAAAAUCAGCUCGCUGGGUAACGGUACUGAAGAUGGGAAUGAAAGAGUGAAGAAAAUCAAAGAGGAGGCGGAGAAACUGAGAAACCGUGCGACAGACAGCCUGGCGAGGCUGAACGCUUUGGAGAAGAAGUUUAACAGGAAUAAGCGAGUGAUGACAGGGAAGUUAGACAUGUUGCAGGAUUUGGAAAAGAACGUCACAGAACUGCUGGAAUACAUCCGGGAGAGGUCACAGUAUUACGGCUUUUGCUCAUAACAGAGGCUCUGGCUGUCUGUAGAUUCUCCUGUUUCUGUCUCUGAUUCAGCUCCUAUUCCUGAAUUUCUAUUUGGCAGCUGCUGCAACAGGUGCUUCCUGUCUGCUACUGAUGGGGUUAUGACUGACCUGUACUGCCUCCCCACCCUGACGCCUGUAAAAAUGCACAAGUCGGCUGAUGGGCGGCAGAAGGCAUAGUAGCCCAUAGCCUGGGUUUGUACUUUGUUUCUUUGCUUACAGCUGAAACUUUAUCCAGACAGAAAUAUGUGGGCCCUGUGUUUUUGUUGUUUGUUGUGUCUGUCACACAUUAUUGUCUUGCUUUAAAAUACAAACUGUACUCUGAAACAUUUGAUACUGUUAAUUAUGUAGGAGAAUGAGUCCAGCGCUCUCUUCAAAAUGUGCCUCAAAGUGUCAAAUCGAUUAGUGUCUCACAAUUCCAUUUGGCUUUGAUUUUUGUGACAUUUUUCUCCAGAAUAUUUCCCUCGCCCACACUUGUCUGUCUUGUUUUCCUGCUGAUUGCAGUAUCAAAGGUUCCCACACACCUCCCACUCUCCUGGCUCACUGGAAGUGACUCAAGGAACCCACCCCCCCACCACCGACCCCAGUCUCUGCAUUUCAGCCCUGGGCUAAAGUCCUGAUGUGCUGAAUCCCUCUCCCGGCUGCUUAUGUCAAACGCUGUGGGGUGGGGGCUAUUCAGGAGCAGAUUGUAUUCGGCAGACAGUGUUCAGUGUCCCCAGCCUGCCCUACACAAACCCAUAGGCAUGUACCACCCUCCCCCAGGUUAGUGGGCAGUCACGGGGGAGCAGGAUUUAAUGUUCUUCUCUCAGGGUGGGGGCAUUUAAUCAGCUCGGCAGGUGGUGAUUGGGGAACUCCUGUCUUCCUGCCUCCAAGCGGAUUUAGUCCAUCGGAGGCUCCCACACCCCCAUCAACCUGGGCCCUUUAACUGGGGGAGGAGGCAUUUGUUUAUUUGGAGCAUCAUACCCAUCAGGUCUGAUCGCAGCCUGUGGGAUAUCUGGCACAUUUAGCCAUAGGCCAACAUAGCAAAGUGUCUUAAGGUAGGCAUUACAUAGAAUAAAAUAGCAGAGAGAGCCUGGCCAUUCAGCCCAAUUCUGUGCUGCUGUUUAUACUUCAUGAUGCUUGACUCUUAACUGCCCUCUGAAACGGCCACUCAGUUCAAGGGCUAUAAGGGAUGAUCAGUAAAUGCUGGCCCAGCCAAUGACACCCACAUCCUACAAACAUACAAAAUAAAUCCCCACUUUGAUUUUAUUUGGCAACAGGCCACUGAUUUGUACAGGUAGAGGAGGGGCUGCUUCAGGCUAGAGUUCUUGGAGGAGCUGAAAUGUAACUGUUCACUUGGGGUUUUUUGUGCCCAGCUGUCCGUUAGUGCCUUUCAAUGAGACUAUAAAAACUGUAAACAUCUCUCAAAUCUUAUCACAUGGUUCUCAAUGAACCUGUGACAUUUACUGCAAAGAAAAUACUGCUCUGUUACAUUGUAUGUAUGAAGAUGGGAGAAAAUAGUAUUUGGUUUGACACAUCAUUGCAGACAAUGUAUUGCCAUACUCCAACUGCAUUAAACCAUAAAUAAAAUGAAUAUUUUUAAAUAAU